CGCACAGCUUGGCAAGUGGGUGGGCGCGCGAGUCCUUCAGCAGCGACAACAACAGCCGCCGCCGCUGAGGAGGAGGAAGAAGAAGAGGAAGAGGAGGAGGAGGAGUGGGUGCCUCCUUCAAAUCCCUGAGAGGGAAGAAAAGAGAGGCCGAGGUGGUGGGGGAAGAGGAGGAGGAAGAAGAGGUCCCUUGAGGCGCCUGGAUUAAGAAAGGACUCGAGAAGGAGGAGGAGGAGGAGAAGUCCUGCGAGGGUCUCUGUGGGGUGGGCAGGCGCGCGCGCGCCACAAGGCACCUGCCCGGGCGGAGGAGAGAGCCUCUCUGCCUGUCUCCCUGGCGCGCGCGCUCCGCCUCGCGCCUCCGUGCUUCCCCCCUUCUUCCCCUUCUUCCCUUUUGGUCCCUUUGAGAGGCACCUGCCCGCCUGGCGGGGAGGAGAGGAGGCCGGGAAGACGUCGCCACCGCCGCAGCCGCGGUGCCCGGGGGGCUGCACGGAGCAGCAGCAGCAACGGGAGCAGCGGGCCCGGGCUCAUCACCACCAUCCCGACAAGCCGCCGCCGCCGCCUUCGCUGCUUGCCCAUGAACACCGUGGCGGCGCGGGAGCCCCACUCUGGCCCGGGGGAGCCGGCUGCAGGGGCAGCGGAGGAGGAGGAGGAGGAAGCGGAGGAGGGGGAGGAGGGACCCCCACCGCCCUUGCCCUCGCCCCCGCCAGCGGCAUGUGGACCCCCACCGAGGAGGAGAAGUACGGCGUGGUUAUAUGCAGCUUCCGAGGUCCUGUGCAACAAGGCUUGGUUCUAGAACUAGGAGAAACUGUCCAGAUCCUGGAAAAAUGUGAAGGAUGGUACAGAGGACUCUCAUUAAAAAAGCCCAACAUAAAAGGGAUUUUUCCUGUUAACUAUAUUCACUUGAAAAAGGCAGUUGUCAGCAAUAGGGGGCAAUAUGAAACAGUUGUUCCACUUGAAGACACUGUUAUCACUGAAGUAACAGCAACUCUUCAGGAAUGGUCUGUCCUCUGGAAGCAGUUAUACGUGAAACAUAAGAUAGAUCUCUUCUAUAAGCUGCGCCAUGUCAUGAAUGAACUGAUUGAUCUUCGCAGACAGCUACUUUCUGGGCAUUUGACCCAAGACCAAGUACGAGAGGUCAAGAGACACCUCACUGUGCGAUUGGAUUGGGGCAAUGAGCAUUUGGGCUUGGAUCUUGUUCCACGGAAGGAUUUUGAGGUGGUUGAUUCAGAUCAGAUCAGUGUCUCCGAUCUGUACAAAAUGCAUUUAUCUAGUAGGCAUAGUGUACAGCAGAGCACAUCACAGGUAGACACAAUCCGUCCACGCCAUGGAGAAGCAUGCCGUCUGCCAGUACCUCACCACUUCUUUCUCAGUCUAAAGAGCUUUACUUAUAAUACAAUAGGGGAGGAUGCAGAUGUAUUCUUUUUUCUUUAUGAUGUUCGAGAAGGCAAGCAAAUCAGUGAAAGGUUUCUGGUAAGGUUAAACAAAAAUGGGGGACCCAAGAAUCCAGAGAAGAUUGAUCGAAUGUGUGCACUUUUUACAGAUCUCAGCAGCAAGGAUAUGAAAAAAGAUUUAUACAUUGUUGCUCAUGUAAUCCGGCUAGGUCGUAUGUUGCUUAAUGACUCAAGAAAGGGUCCAUCUCAUCUGCAUUAUCGGCGUCCAUAUGGUUGUGCAGUUUUGAGUAUCAUGGAUGUAAUUCCAUCAAUUUCUGAACUCAAAGAAGAAAAGGAUUUUGUUCUCAAAGUUUACACGUGCAAUAAUGAAAAUGAAUGGUUCCAGAUCCAUGAAAACAUCAUUCGAAAGUCCAGCACCAAAUAUACAGCCCCAAGCUCCAACUAUGGACUUAUAAUUUCUCUUCAGCUUCUUCAUGGUGAGAUGGAGCAAAUUCGAAGAGAGUAUCCCAUGAUUUUUAACAGAGGGAUAGCUGUUACAAGAAAAAUUGGUUUUCCAGAUGUCAUCAUGCCUGGUGAUAUACGCAAUGACCUGUACCUGACUUUAGAAAAAGGGGACUUUGAAAGAGGUGGGAAAAGUGUACAGAAGAAUAUUGAAGUGACUAUGUAUGUUCUUUAUGCAGAUGGAGAGAUUCUGAAGGAAUGCAUCAGCCUGGGCUCAGGGGAGCCAAGUAGGAGUGUAUAUCAUUCCUUUGUCCUCUAUCACAGUAACAGUCCUCGCUGGGGAGAAGUCAUCAAACUUCCCAUUCCCAUAGACAGGUUCCGUGGCUCUCACCUCCGUUUUGAAUUCAGGCAUUGCUCCACAAAAGAUAAAGGAGAAAAGAAGCUGUUUGGGUUUGCAUUUACACCAUUAAUGAGGGAUGAUGGCACAACCCUAUCUGAUGAUAUCCAUGAACUUUAUGUUUAUAAGUGCGAUGAAAACAGCACAUUCAAUAACCAUGCACUAUAUCUGGGUCUUCCAUGCUGCAAAGAGGAUUAUAAUGGUUGUCCCAACAUCCCUUCAAGUCUGAUUUUCCAGCGCAGUACCAAAGAAUCUUUUUCAAUCUCUACCCAGCUCUCUUCUACCAAACUUACCCAAAAUGUGGAUUUACUUGCUCUCUUGAAAUGGAAGGCUUAUCCAGAUCGUGUAAUGGAUAUCUUAGGAAGACUGAGGCAUGUCAGUGGUGAAGAAAUCGUCAAGUUCUUGCAGGACAUUUUGGACACAUUAUUUGUGAUUUUGGAUGACAACACAGAAAAAUAUGGACUGUUAGUCUUUCAGUCUCUGGUGUUCAUCAUAAAUCUCCUGCGUGAUAGCAAAUAUUUUCAUUUUCGACCUGUGAUGGACACUUACAUUCAGAAACACUUUGCAGGAGCCUUGGCAUACAAAGAACUGAUCCGUUGCUUGAAAUGGUACAUGGACCGAUCAGCUGAACUUGUACGACAGGACCAUAUCCAGGAGGCAAUGAGGGCCUUGGAAUAUCUUUUCAAGUUUAUUGUUCAGUCUCGAAUCCUUUACUCUCGAGCUACUUGUGGGAUGGAAGAAGAACAGUUCAGAGCCAACAUCCAAGAGCUUUUCCAAUCUAUCAGAUUCGUACUUAGCCUAGACAGCAGGAGCUCAGAGACUCUGAUCUUCACACAGGCCCCUCAGCCUGGAGGACAGGUGAGCGGAGCUGGGACAUGUGCCCCACAAAAGUGUGGUGGUACGUCAAGGCCGUCGUUUAAUUCUGCUGCUUUGUUGAACUCCUUCCCUGCAAUUUUUGAUGAACUAUUGCAGAUGUUCACAGUACAAGAAGUGGCUGAAUUUGUUCGCGGGACUCUUGGGAGCAUGCCUAGUACUGUGCACAUUGGACAAUCUAUGGAUGUUGUUAAGUUGCAGUCUAUAGCGCGUACUGUAGAUAGUCGCUUGUUUUCUUUCUCAGAAUCCCGACGCAUUUUGUUACCUGUGGUUCUCCAUCAUAUUCAUCUUCACCUGAGACAGCAAAAAGAAUUGCUUAUAUGCUCUGGAAUUCUCAGCAGUAUUUUCUCCAUCAUCAAAACCAGCUCUGUGGAGACUGAUGUAAUUGAGGAGGUAGAAAUGAUGGUGGAGAGCCUCCUUGAUGUACUUUUACAGACUCUGCUAACUAUAAUGAGUAAAUCGCAAUCUCAGGAGGCGGUAAGAGGGCAGCGUUGUCCACAGUGCACAGCUGAAAUCACUGGAGAAUAUGUAUCCUGUCUUUUGUCUCUGCUUCGUCAGAUGUCAGACACUCAUUUCCAACAUUUACUAGACAAUUUCCAGAGCAAGGAUGAGCUAAAGGAAUUUCUACUAAAGAUUUUCUGUGUGUUUCGUAAUCUUAUGAAGAUGACUGUCUUUCCUCGAGACUGGAUGGUGAUGAGAUUGCUUACCAGCAAUAUAAUAGUUACAACAGUUCAGUAUCUGUCUCCUGCACUUCAUAAGAAUUUCACAGAAACAGACUUUGAUUUUAAGGUCUGGAACUCCUAUUUCAGUUUGUCAGUUUUGUUUAUAAACCAGCCCAGCCUGCAAUUGGAAAGUAUUACUCCAGCCAAGCGUAAAAAAAUUCUGGACAAGUAUGGUGAUAUGCGUGUGAUGAUGGCAUAUGAACUAUUCAGCAUGUGGCAGAAUCUAGGUGAACACAAAAUACACUUUAUUCCCGGAAUGAUUGGCCCCUUUCUGGGUGUCACACUGGUUCCACAGCCAGAAGUCCGCAACAUUAUGAUCCCCAUUUUCCAUGAUAUGAUGGACUGGGAGCAAAGAAAAAAUGGAAAUUUCAAACAGGUGGAAGCAGAGCUAAUUGAUAAGCUGGACAGUUUGGUAUCAGAAGGAAAAGGAGAUGAAAAUUACCGCGAACUCUUCAAUCUGCUAACCCAACUCUUUGGGCCCUACCCAAGCCUGCUGGAAAAGAUUGAGCAAGAGACCUGGCGAGAGACUGGUGUUUCUUUUGUGACAUCAGUUACACGUCUGAUGGAGCGCCUCUUGGAUUACAGGGAUUGUAUGAAAGGAGAUGAAACAGAGAACAAGAAAAUUGGUUGCACUGUUAACCUGAUGAACUUCUAUAAAUCUGAAAUUAACAAGGAGGAAAUGUAUAUACGGUACAUCCACAAGUUGUGUGAUAUGCACUUGCAGGCUGAAAACUAUACAGAGGCUGCUUUUACACUGCUCUUAUACUGUGAGCUGCUGCAGUGGGAAGACAGACCUCUUCGGGAGUUCCUGCACUACCCAUCGCAAACAGAGUGGCAGCGCAAAGAAAACCUUUGUAGGAAGAUUAUCCACUAUUUUAAUAAAGGAAAGAGCUGGGAAUUUGGGAUCCCAUUGUGCAGAGAACUGGCUCUUCAGUAUGAAAGUUUAUACGAUUAUCAAAGUCUCAGUUGGAUUCGGAAAAUGGAAGCUACUUAUUAUGAUAACAUAAUGGAACAGCAAAGGUUGGAACCUGAAUUUUUCAGAGUUGGUUUUUAUGGGAGGAAAUUUCCCUUUUUUCUUCGGAAUAAAGAGUAUGUUUGUCGAGGUCAUGACUAUGAGAGACUAGAGACUUUUCAACAAAGAAUGCUUAGUGAAUUUCCACAGGCCAUAGCAAUGCAGCAUCCAAAUCACCCAGAUGACAGCAUCUUGCAGUGUGAUGCCCAGUACUUGCAGAUCUAUGCAGUGACUCCCAUUCCAGAUAAUAUUGAUGUGCUGCAGAUGGACCGUGUUCCUGAUCGCAUAAAGAGUUUUUAUCGAGUUAACAACAUCAGGAAGUUCCGAUAUGACAGGCCUUUCCAUAAAGGCCCAAAAGACAAGGAAAAUGAAUUCAAGAGCCUGUGGAUUGAGCGCACCACUUUGACCCUAACUCAUGGUUUACCUGGGAUCUCUCGGUGGUUUGAAGUAGAGAGAAGAGAACUGGUUGAAGUGAGUCCUUUGGAAAAUGCCAUUCAGGUUGUGGAGAACAAGAACCAGGAACUAAGGACACUGAUAAGUCAGUACCAACACAAACAAAUGCAUGGAAAUAUCAAUCUACUGAGUAUGUGCCUGAAUGGAGUAAUCGAUGCAGCUGUGAAUGGUGGUAUUGCACGCUAUCAGGAGGCCUUUUUUGACAGAGAAUAUAUCACCACUCACCCUGGAGAUGCAGAAAAAAUCACACAACUGAAAGAACUGAUGCAUGAACAGGUACAUAUCCUAGGAGUAGGUCUGGCAGUGCAUGAGAAAUUUGUCCAUCCAGAGAUGCGGCCACUGCAUAAAAAGUUGAUUGACCAAUUCCAGAUGAUGCGAUCCAGUUUAUACCAUGAAUUGCCUGCUUUGGAUAAACUGAGUCCAGCUUGCUCAGGACCCAGCACACCACGCAGCAGUAUGCUGGUAUCACACAGCCCAAUGAGUCCAGAGAGCAUCAAAUUGGUGCAUCGACACAGCCCAUUGAAUAUGCUGGGGACAGUAAGACACUCGUCAUCUUCUCUUUCUUCUCAUACAUCAAGUGAAACCGGAAAUCUUGUUAUACUAACAGACAGUUCUGUUGGAGAAACAGGAGAAGACAUGUACCAUAUGCAGGCGAGUCCUUCCACCUCAAGCCUCAGCUCUACCCAUUCUGCACCAUCCCAGAUGAUCAAUUCUGCGCCUCCAAGUGCACGAGUGCUGAUGAAAGGUGCUGGAUUGACAACACUGGAGGCUGAAGCCCUCUAUUUACCCACAGAGCAGAUACAUCAUGGGCGGCAGCAGUGCAAGCUUCCCCACACUGCCCCCACCAAUGUGCCUCAUCUCUGUCCUGGAGGGACCACCUCUAGAGGCUCUCCCUCUCUACCAGAUAAAUAUCGUCAUAAUCGAGAGUUGAUGAUGCUGCUACCGGCACACAGAGACCGACCUAGUAGUGCCAUGUAUCCUACAGCUAUCAUGGAAAAUGGACAGCACCCAAAUUUCCAGAGAGCAUUGCUCCAGCAGGUGAUUGGACCAUGCAAACCCUGUAGUGACCCCAAUCUGUCUGUAGCUGAAAAAGCUGUUCCAGCAGCACCAAGCAGCUGGAGUCUGGACAGCGGAACCAGAGAGGCCUUGCCAUUCCUGUCUUCUCAUGUUGGGAGCAUCCUGGCUCCACCAGUGCCUCCCCGAAGCCUACCCCAUGGUCACUAUUCCCUACAUUUUGAUGCCUUCCACCAUCACCUGAAUGAUGGGCCCCCAGCACUGCCUGCACGAACGCUGCGGAAGUCACCUCUCCACCCAAUACCUGCAUCGCCCACAAGUCCACAGUCUGGCCUAGAUGGAAGCAACUCUACCCUCUCAGGCAGUGCUAGCAGUGGAGUCUCCUCAUUAAGUGAGAGCAACUUUGGACAUUCAUCUGAACCCCCUCCUCGAACGGACACCAUGGAUUCUGUCCCUAGCCAGGCCUGGAAUACUGAUGAAGACUUAGAGACCCCCUACCUCCCUGUCAGGUACAGUCUCUCAGAGCCUGAUGUUCUGGAAACUCUCAAAUCCCAGCCAUGCCGAAGCCACUCUGCUCCAUCCGGAGUCAUUCCUCAGGAUGCAAUAGACCCUCCAGCUCUACCCCCAAAACCAUAUCACUCCCGUCUCCCAAAUAUGGAUAAUGAAGAGGUAAUGAUUUUGGAAGAGGAAGAAAAACACCGAGCCCUGCAUCGCAAAAUCUCCCAGCCAAUUGGUGGUGCAAAAGAGGAGCAGGCCAGGGUGGCCUGGGAACAUGGCAUCAGUGAGCAGUAGGCAAUACUAUGGAAAGAACAGUUUGCAUGAUCAUUCCAGGCCUAAGAAACAGAAGGGAUUUCUAGUAAGAGACUUCAGAGAAGUGGAGGGGAGUGGGAAAUGAACUGGUUUAUUCUCUGCUGCUGUGAGAAUGACUAGGGCCAGAGACUGGGGCCAGCAUGUAUGGUUGCUGCUUUCCUCUUUAUUUAAUUUUGUACUUUUCAGACCUUUGGUAAUUUGGGGGGUUGCCCUUUUUUGCAGUGGGUGCUUCAUUCCUUCUACAGUUGUGAAACGGCAGGAAGGGAUAUAUGACAUUCGCUAUAGAAAUUUGCAGAAACUGUCUAUUAGACUUUGGAGGGGGAAUGUGGCAUUUUACAAGCUUUCUUCCCACUAUUGAGAUGCGCACAAGUUGAAGCAGUUGCACUAAGAAUGUGUUUUUUUGCUGUAGUAAGUGAAUGCUCAUUUCUAAUUCAGGGAUUCCAUGAAGUGUCAAGCCAGAAGGUACGCAGUUUAGAGGCACCGACAUUUGCUAAAGAAAAAACUGGAUAUUCCAGACUUGAGGUAAAAACUAGUUUGCAGGGGGCUUCUCUGCAUUGCCUCAGGUGUGUUGAAGCAAUCUAACCAGUGCUUACUGGCUGUCAUUUCAGUGUUAAGGUUUCAUUUCACACAAACUUGUCAUGGUAUGUCACAAGCUUCGAUUUCCUGCUUUCCACAUUAUCACUGUUGUCUGUAUUUACCAAUGCCUACAAUAUGAGGGAAAUACCUAAUCCUGAGACCUGUGGCCUUUCUCUGGCUAAACCUAUACUGGUUGUUGGGACUAGCAUUUUUAUUCUGGAAGUAAGCUAGUAGUUGCUUAUUGUUAUAGCAACUAGGUAUGCGAGCUAGAAUAAAAUAAAUUUUGAGCACAUAUUUGACCCUUUGCGACUAGGUUAGAUAUCGGCAUUGUCCAAACUUAUGUCUUCUCUUAUGCCACCUCCCCCAGAAACCUCUCACUGCUACUGAAUCACAGGACAUCCAUUGGUUCCAGUGUAACAAAGUAACUAAUCUUUUCUGAACAGCUUUAUAACACGAUAGAGACAGGAGUUUUAAAAACUGCCCAGAGAAUACAAAACAAAUAUCAAUUUCACUUUUUAUGUUUAAAAGGGUGACCAAAAGUAAUUACCUACUCCUGGGGACUGUGAGAUUGAACAGAGAAACACUGUAUGUAUUUCUAUUCAAGAACAAAAGCAACCAAUUUCAUUUCAAUGCCAACAAUGUACAUUUUAAAUAAAGGAACUGUGGAACAUGCUGCCAUAAGCUACAUAUGUAACGAAAUUGAAAAAAGGUUUGCAGAAGACAUAUAAAGAAAGGAAUAAUGAUACAUGUUAGGUAAUGUGGUGAAAAUUAACAAAUUACAUUUAACUACACAUUGAAAGUUGAAGAAUAUUAUUGUUUCUUCUCACUGCCUUUUUAAAAAAUAAGGCUAUCUUUAAGAUCCAAUUUUGUUGUUUUUCCACCCGAGGAAUUAAAAAACCCCUAUUUCCUGGAGUUUGCUUUAGUUUAGUUUUGUUUCUUUUUUCAUAAUGAUACCCAAAAGCACAUUGUGAAACCUGUUACUCUAAAAAUGAAUUAGAGCACAGAAUAUGUAAAGGAUUAACCCAAUAUCCAAAUUUAGAAAUGGCUACGAAAUCCAGCUGUGUCCAUUUGCCAACAGAAUAGACAACCCAAAACAGAAUGAGUUCCCCCUGCAACUUCACACAUACAGUAGAGUUUCACUUAUCCAAGCUAAACGGGCCGGCAGAACCUUGGAUAAGCGAAUAUCUUGGAUAAUAAAGAGGAAUUAAGGAAAGGCCUAUUAAACAUCAAAUUAGGUUAUGAUUUUACAAAUUAAGCACCAAAACAUCAUGUUACACAACAGAUUUGACAGAAAAAGUAGCUCAAUGCGCAGUAUUGUUGUAAUUACUGUAUUUACAAAUUUAGCACCAAAAUAUCACAAUAUAUUGAAAACAUUGACUACCAAAAUGCAUUGGAUAAUCCAGAACCUUGGAUAAGCGAGUUUUUGAUAAGUGAGAGUCUACUCUAUUCUCCAAAUCACUGAAGAUUUCAGCUUCAGUAGAUCUAUGAGAGGAGCAGGCCUAUUGUAUUAACAGAUGUCUGCAUGCACUAGGAAUAUAGAAUCUUGAAGUAUUUUCUUCAUUCAAGUAUACCAUUCAUGGUAAACAAACAAAUCACACUUUCCCUAAACAAGUGAAGGAGGUAGUGCACCCUUGUAUGACUUAUUUUGACUGGGUUAAUUUUAUAUAAUAAUUUGCCUAAGCUCUCUCCAAUGCAAAUAUGUACAAGUUUUGCCCUUAUACUUUAACUAACCAGCAUGCCAAGGGGUUUGUUUUUUCAGCCUGCACUAAUGAGAAGUCAUCCCCUUCCCUCUUCCUUUUGUCCCACAAGGACCAUUUAUCCUACUAGUAAUGGUGGCUUUCCGUGGCAACCAGAAAUAUCCCCUGGCAAGCACAAUUUAAAUACAGAAGACAAACUUCCAUGUUAAUAUUAGAAUUUUAAACAGGAUAAAUUUAAUCUAUCAGGAGGAUUUUCCCCAUUGUUCACGAUACAUUUUAUCUACCAGGUGGAUUCUGAAAUAGUACUCUCUUUUAAAGGUGUGGUGAGACUGACAGUGCAAUUCUAAGCAUGCUUACUUAGAACUGGGACUUAUCUGAGUUGUCUAGGACUUGUUUCCUAAAUUAGUGCACUCAGGAGUGGUUGCAGUCUGAGUACAGAUCAGGGAAGGUUCUGCUGUCAAUAUGCCCCCUCGCCCUCCCGGCAAGUUGACAGAUAUUAAUAAAUACCAGCUGCUUUCAUCCUUUUCUCAUCAUCAAGUUUUAUGGAGAGGGGCGAGUUUAGCUAUGUGUUCAUAAGGAUCUAUGUGGGGAACCAUCGUUUUCACAUUUCUACACAAUGUUGUGUGUGUGUCUGUAUUAAGUGGCUUUUUAAAGGGGGUGUGCUGUUUUGUGUUUAUGUGUACGAUUUCCAGUAUAUUUCAAUUGGUAAGUGUGAAAUUCAGCGUCAUAUAAAUCAGGGCCACAAAGUGUAAUGCAGAGGGCAUUUCAGUUGUCAAACUGGAUUUCCUAUGCUGUAUUAUUCAAAUUGCUUAGUAGAUUUCUCAAACCAUGUUGCAUGGGGUUUGUGCUGACAUGGCUUAGAAAGCCAGAAUUCCUAUAAAAAGCAUAGUAAUAAAUUCUUUGGAGACAGAGAGCAAAAUGGAAAUUAUUUUUUUAAUAUUUUUGGAGAGUAAAAUAGCACACACAAUCAUGGUGCCUUGUAAAAGGUAUAAACUGCUCCAAACUAUGUUCUUCUUGCCCCUUGUCUAGAGGGAGGGGGAGUUGCAAAGACAUUUGUGGUUGAAAAACAGGAGGAAUUUGUUCCAUCGUGCAGUAGCAGUAGGAAAUAUAUUUGCAUUUUGUUACAAUAACAAAGUACAAGAAUUCCUUUCCCUACAAGUAUUCCCACUUGCAUUUUUUCCUCUUAUUUAAUCCUAAAAGAAGGGACUACAUCUUAUCCUACAUGAGGAAAAAUAAUAGCAGGAAAUUUGGGAAGGGGACAUCAUGUUGAUUACUGCCCGCUUUUUUAUUUCUGUGUAAAUAUCCCACUUGAAUGCUAUGUAUUUAUACAGGAAAUCUGAGCAAAAAAUGUAUAGAUUGUGAUGUCUGACUGGUACUCUGCCCUGUAAAUGUGUUUUUAACCUAUCGCAAUCUGUUAUUUAAAAAAGCAAAACCCUCUAACCAGUUCUCUUUUCGUGUAUUCAUGUUCAGAAAACCUGUAUUAACUGUAAGAAAAAAACUAACUUAAAGGAAAACAAACAAAAAAAAUUUGUACCAGAGUCCUCAAGAUAUUUCAUUGUAUAUAUUGUGAUAGCAUGUUUCCGGAAUCAACAAAUAAGUGAUGUGAAUUUUAGGUGUAAAUAUGUUUUGUUUGGGGAUUUUUCUUCCCUUCCCAAUUCACUCAACUGCUGUGAUGUGGAAUUAAAGAUUAAUGCCUGAUCUUAACAAGCAUUGAGCAGAUGUGCUCUCUGAGUACCACAUAGACAUUUAUUCAGAUGGCCAGUUCAUUUUCCCAGUUUCUCUUAAGUACUAGGUAAAUUAGAGGAUGCACUUUAUAUUUUAUUGAUCUCCUUUUACAUUUAAUAUUCAGGUAAUGUCAAAAGAAAUUACCUAGGAGUUUGGGAGUGGGAAACUUCUGAAGAAAUUGGAAAAUGGGGGAAAUUGCUAUAAUAUAUUUCAUGAGGAAAUUAAUCUGAACAUUGACCCUUAAACAGCCCUGUUUUAUUCAGCAGUGUUAACCUAUAUUAAACAUUCUGCAUAAUUUUGGGGUAUUAUUUCAUUUUAUUUGGAAAAAAUUGUCAACAGUUAUCACUAAAUGAAAGUAGAUAUUCAUGGCGAGAGGAAAAAGAACAACAUAAGAGCUGCUGUUGACUAGAACAGUGGUUCUCAACCUGUAGGUCCACAGCUACAGUUUACCAGUUGUUAGGAUUUCUUGGAGUUGAAGGUCAACACAUCUGGGGACCCACAGGUUGAGAACCACAGGACUAGAAGGAAUUUAUUCUUGCUCUGUGAGGCCUUGAGAGAGGCAAAAUAAUCUGCUGGUUUCUGAAGUAAAGUGCCUACUCAAAUACUCAUGUGGAUUUUCACUGUUUCUAUAUUGUUUCUCGAAGGUCAUAGUAGUCUGGGCCAGUCAGUUCCAAGUUCACUGAAAUAGCUAGACACUGCCCCCAUCUGUUGCCAGUCAUGAGCAACAUUAGUUCUGUCGUCAGUCCAGAAGUAUAUUCUAUAUCUGCACUAUAGCUAAGGUAAAGGUUUCCCCUGACGUUAAGUCCAGUCGUGACUGACUCUGGGGGUUGGUGCUCAUCUCCAUUUCUAAGCCGAAGAGCCGGCGUUGUCCAUAGACAUCUCCAGGUCAUGUGGCCAGCAUGACUGCAUGGAGCGCCGUUACCUUCCCGCCGGGGCGGUACCUAUUGAUCUACUCACAUUUGCAUGUUUUCGAACUGCUAGUUUGGCAGGAGCUGGGGCUAACAGUGGGCGCUCAUUCCGCCCCUGGGAUUUGAACCUGGGACCUUUUGGUCCACAAGUUCAGCAGCUCAGCGCUUUAAUACACUGUGCCACCAGGGUCCCUGCACUAUAGCUACAUGACCCAUUUCUAAGAACAUAGGAAAUAACUUUGGUUUUCAACUCUACUUUCCCGCUACCUGUGGCAGAACAGAGUGUCCUGUGCCUAGGUACCCAGAAUCAAGAGUAGGUUCCCCAUCAUAAAUGCGGCAAACUGUUCAAUAUCUAUGACUAUAUCAACAAUUAUAGCAGUUAAAUGGAAAACUAGAAACUACACACAAAUGAGACACAGCGUAUAAAGGCUUGAAUAUGCCGUAGUUACUUUUUCGAUCAGUUUGAAUUUUAGGGAUAGAAGGGAGCCAAACCUGAUAGGUCAAUCUAGAUAUAAUGGCAUAAUAUUGGGUUAGCUCAGGGCAACUUGACUCAACACACAAGUUUUUGUUAGGUUUUAGCUGGCAAAUAAGUGUAGUGAGGAUAAACUGGUGAAUAUGGGAGGCCCUGGCACAUCUCACUCUGUACCUAAUUUGAGCAGGUUACAAAGAUAUUUCAAGGCCAGUAUAUUGCGAUAUAGCUGUGCAGGACAUCAAGCAUCUUUUUUAUAUGUUUAACACAUUUCUUGUGUAAAAAUCACAUUUUCUAGCCCCUGGAACAGCAACACUGAAUUGCUAGGAUAACGCGGUGUUCCUUCCCAGUGUAAUAUAAAUGUGGUUAUGCGAGUGUUAUAAAUCCCUACUGGAUAGAUCUUGUGACAUUGGCAAUGAGCAACACAGUUUAUUUGCCUGUGCCAUUUUGUAACCUUUUAGAGAUGUUUUACUCUCGUCAAAGGCUGGACAUCUGCCCACUAUAUGAAUUAAACGAGUGCACUCAUGAAGCCUUUCAAGGCAACUGAAUUAUUUUUGUGUUUUUCCUCCUGGGAUAUUUAUUUCAACAUACUGAUUCUAAGAAAUGAUAAUUUGUUGCAUUUAUAUAUAAGGACUGACUUAUGAAUAUUGUCUAUUUUAAUGCUGUUUAAUGUAUAGAUUAUUUGAUCAUAUACAAUUGUAAUUCUGUUCAGAUAUGAAUAAAAAAUAAAAAGGGCCAAACACAAACAGGGA